AAGGACACUGGGAAGCCACUGCUUUUUGGGUAGGGAAGGAGGUGGAGUUAACUCAUGAUUAAAUCGAAGCCUCUUGAGUGGGGAGCACGAAGAUUUAGGGGAACCAACUAGGUCCUCCGAGGGGGCAGCUUGGUCGGGCCGGGCCAGGCCUGGGGGAUAAUGGGGCUCCCCUCUUAAGCCGGCGCCCCUCAGCUUACACAUUCGCGACGGCUUUUUGUUUGUUUUUCUGAGUCCCUACACAGUAAACACUUGCCCUGGGGCUAGCGAUGGGAGGAGACGUUCCACGGGAAACCGGCCACGGCUUCUCGAGCCGCCAUCAGACACCUCGCUUCACGCGCCUUCGGGGUGAUGGGCUCCAGGCCCAGCCGCGGUCCCCUUCGGGCCCUCGGAGGCCCUAGGCCCGGCCCACGUGGCGAGAGACCCGGAGCACCCGGCCCCGACAACCACCACACAAAGGAGGCCUGGACGGGCUCUGCACGCCUCAGCUACCGCGAGGCCCUCGCGCGCAACGCGGCCGCCAAAAGGCGCCGCACUGCGCAGGCGCGAAACCCGCAACCUCGGACGCUACCAUCGGGCCAGGCCUCGGGGGUGGCCGAAGAGGAGCGAACCGGAGCUCUUCGGCUCUUCGCUCCCGAAACCGUUGACCCGAUCCUCUCCCAAAGAGCCGGACGUGACGAGUGGUCUAAAAAAAAAAGGCGCCUCGGGGGCCAGCGCGCCAGUGAGCGAGGGUUACCCACGAACCCGAGAGCUCCUUGGCGCGAGGCGCGGUGGCUCGGAAUGGUUACGCCCGCUGGCUCUAGGGACCGUCUCUGAAGAGUCUGCCCUGGAGGGAGACGGAGGCUGGCGGGAGGGCUGGGGGAAGGGAUCCCGGCCGGCCUGAAACAACUGCUGACUAAUCGGCGGGCGGGAUCACGCGCCUCUGUAAAACCCAGAACCCACGAAAUUGAGUUCUUUCCUUAAAGUUACAAAGCUGAAUGCGACCCAGACCCCGGGCCUCCCCUCUCUGUACACCGCCCGGAAGCUUCGCCACACUGUCCUUGCCUUCCCACUCUGUCCUCCUGGCUUCCCUGCAAGGAGUGUUACGGCUUGCCUAUGAUGUAUGAGGCCCUAGUUUCCAUUCCUAUCGCCAAGAAAGAGAAGAGACUGGUCCAGAGGACUCGAGGCCCAGUUCCCUAUGUCCAUGGACCUGUCCCCUAGUGCCCAGGGAUGGAAUGGUUGUAAGAAGGUGCAAGAGGAAGCUUCAUUUUAGGUGACCCUGCCUCCAGCACUGGGAAGCAAAUCCAGGUGCCUGUGCAUGGCUAGCCUACAGCCUCAGGACCACCUUUGACUACCAUCAACCAAAUAUGCAUGCCUGGGAGGCCCCUGGCUCACUGUCCCGGGCCCUGCCCCUUGCUUCCUCAGUCCUGAUGCUGCUGCUGAGCUGUCUGUGGUUAUUGGGGGCUGGCCCCAGCCUCAGAUUGGCUCCAGAGCUGCUAAUGGAACCCUGGCAGGUGCACAGGCUGCUGACCCAUGCUCUGGGCCACACUGCACUGCCAGGCCUGCUCCUGAGCCUGCUGCUUCUGCCCACUCUGGGCUGGUGGCAGGAGUGCCAUCUGGGCACUGUGCGCUUCCUGCACAACUCCACUGUGCUUGCCCUGGCUACUGGGCUGCUGGCUGUGCUGCUGGCGGGCCUUGGGGUGUCCGGUGCGGCUGGAGGCUGUGGCUAUAUGCCUGUCCAUCUAGCUAUGCUGGCUGGACAGAGUCACCACCCUGGAUGGCCUCAGAGGACACUGCCACCAUGGCUGCUACCAUGGCUGCUGCUGGCCCUGACCCUGCUGCUCAGCUCUGAGCCACCCUUCCUGCAGCUCCUUUGUGGCCUUCUCACUGGCCUAGCCUAUGCUGCUGGGGCCUUCCAGUGGCUGGAGCUCUCAGAGCAGAGACUGCAGGUGUUACAGGAAGGUGUCCUUUGCAAGUCUCUGGCCCGAUGCUGGCCGCUGAGGCUCUUUCCCACCCCGGGCAGUCUGGGUGAGCUGCCUGUCACUUAUCCUGCUGGAGUGAGGCCUGCCACCCCUAGACCUCCUUACCUGGCUUCCUCAGACUCCUGGCCUCACAGUGAUGGCUCUGCUCAGCUCCCACCACGCCUGGGGCCUGGACAGCUGACAUGGAAGAACUCGGAGAGGGGCUUGGACUGGGCUGGGUCUAGCUUUGCUUCAGCAACGACGAUGUGGGCAGCCCUAGACGAGCAGAUGCUACAGGAAGGGAUCCAGGCCUCCCUUCUUGAUGUGUCAGUUCAGGGUUCCCAGAGCUCUCUGUGGUUGCCAAAGCCCUCUGUGUCUUCUCUAAGGCUGCAGCAGCUACAGCACAUGGGAUUCCCCACUGAGCAGGCUGCAGUGGCCUUGGCAGCUACAGGGCGUGUAGAGGGGGCAGUGUCACUGCUGGUGGAAGGGCUAGUGGACACUGAGGCCCUAGUGACUGAGGGAAGGAGUAGCCCUGCCCACUGCACAGGCACUGGGGCCUCAUAGUCCUUUCCUUGUCUGCUGAGGGCUUGGUGCGGUCUUGACUGCAUCCCUGGGGUAGGACUAGGCCCCAACAUGUUUCCCUGGUACUUUGUAAGAAUAAAAGCUGAUUUGUUUUUCAACCUGG